AUUCAACUUUCGUAGCUGAGGAAAUUGACCCAUGUGUUUGAUGUUGUGACACAGAUCAUGAGGUAUUUGAAAAGGUUCCCAUUAGUUCCAACAAGGGUGACCAAGUUCUUGGCAAUUAUUUAUCAUCCUAAUCCCAAAGUUCAACUCCAUACUCACCUCAAACCACCAAAAGCAAACCAAACCCUUAAAAGUUACCUUAACUCCAAUUGCAACACCAAGGCCCUGUUGUUUUUCAGAGACCUUUUGAGAAAAAGCCCUUCUACAAUUGAUAGCUUUUCUUUCUUGUUUGUCCUUAAAGCUUCCACCCAGAAGCAUUACGCAAUCGGAGGAAAACAAUUGCAUGCGCUCGUCAUAAAAUUUGGCUUCAACUCCAUCGUUUACCUCCAAACAUCUCUUAUAAAUAUGUAUUCAGCAAGGGGGAGUCUGUUGGAUGCACACCAUGUGUUUGAUGAAAUACCCUGUAAAAAUAUAGUCUGCUGGACGGCCUUGAUCUCUGCCAGUGUUGACAACCAGAAGCCUAAAAAAGCUCUCCAGCUAUUCAGGCAGAUGCAGAUGGACAACGUGGAACCUGAUAAUGUCGCGAUCACUGUUGCUCUCUCUGCCUGUGCUGACAUUGGUGCAUUGGGGAUGGGAGAGUGGAUUCAUACUUAUGUUCAUCAUAAAAAAGGGCUCGAUAUAGAUUUAUCCUUGAACAAUGCUCUCAUUAACAUGUAUGUAAAAUGUGGGAACAUUGUGAAUGGGAGGAGAAUUUUUGACAGCAUGGAAAAAAAGGAUGUCACAACUUGGACAUCCAUGAUUGUGGGCCAUGCACUUCACGGACAAGCAGAAGAAGCUCUUAAACUUUUUGCAGAAAUGAGAGGAAAAGACAAGAAAAUUUGGAAGAAAAAGAGGAAUGGUGAUCGUGGGAGCUCUUUAAUUGUUCCAAAUGAUGUUACAUUCAUUGGCGUUCUAAUGGCUUGCAGCCAUGCAGGAAUGGUGGAGGAAGGGAAGCAACAUUUCAAAAGCAUGAGUGAGGAUUAUGGUUUAAAGCCUAGAGAGUCUCACUUUGGCUGCAUGGUAGAUCUUUUCUGCCGAGCUGGACUUCUAAAAGAAGCUUAUAACUUCAUUUUGGAGAUGCCAUUGCAGCCAAAUGCAGUGGUUUGGCGGACAUUUUUAGGUGCAUGCUGCCUCAAGGGAAACAUCGAGCUUGCGGCAGAAGUUCGGUGCAGGCUGCUUGAGUUGGAUCCUGGCCAUGCGGGUGAUUAUGUUGCCAUGUCCAAUAUUUAUGCUGCUAAAGGCAUGUGGGAUAAGAAAAUUGUUGUUAGAGGUCAAAUAAAACAGCGAAAGGCUCCUGGUUGCAGCUCAAUUGAGGUGGGAACUGGAAUAAGUGAAUUUGUUGCUGCAGAUGAAGAUCAUCCUCUAAGGCCUGAGAUAUACGUGGUUCUCAAGCACUUGCUGAUCAAUAUGAAAGCUUCUGGUUACUUGCCGGAGCUUUCAAGCUUAACAGAGUAUUGAUCAAGAGAAGUCGUUGAAAUGCAGCAUGAAAACUCAAACGAUUGCGAGCAUUAUGCUAAAGAAAUCUAGUUUGCUCGGUCUAACUGAUUCAUUACAAAUAAUGGUGCUCAAAGAAGGGUGGGAUAAGAAGAAAGAAAUGAUUCUUCAAAAGCCACAUUUGCCUGCCAAUCCAUUGGAACCUACCAUGCUACCAGUUUGAAUUUGGCCUAACCAUUCAAUUGCUGUUCUGAAAGGAAUAAUGACGUUUGGACUACAAGAUAUUUCUCUUACGGGAUACAGAUAUUACUUGAUAUAUCUCUUGGAAGGAUAACAUCUGCUCAGAAUUUUUGGCGCUAUUGCAGUAUUCCAAGUCAAGUAAGGUUGGAAAUUACACUUUUACCCUAUCAGUAUUUACCUGUGAAAGUGCCGAUUAGUUUUGGAUAUAUGUUUUUUAACAAUGACUAAUUGACAUUGUUACGUCAAC